GUGGCAAGGUCUUUUUUUGUUCCCACUAUAGAAUACCUUUAUAACCUCACCACUAACAAACCAUCAUCGAAAAGUGUGAGGUUCCGGUUAUAAAAUGUAUAGCGUUACGCGGGCCGUCGCAAGGGGUGAGGGAGACUGGGCUGAAGUUCCAUACAAUGUGCGCGAGGCCAUCGUUCACACCCUUUCUCAUCCAGACAGCGUGUCUGAUGCGCAUCCGAUGCCUGAUGGACCACGUUUAACGCAUUCCUCGAGCAGCCAUAAAUCCCAACAGCUGCUCCUGCCCACCCUUUCGGAGCGUGACGUUCAGUGCAGUAUUGACACCUUCGAGGAUGGUCUAUGGGUGCGUGAUCAGGCGGUACGCUGCUAUGCGCGGUUUCAUAACAGCGUCGAGGCGCUUUACAGGGAAGCACGUGGGCAAUUACGACCACUGUGGCGGACCGCGAUGCAGUUGCGGUCUGAUUAUCUCGAGGGGGUACGAAAGCAGCUUGGCCUCUUACCAUCAGACAGCAUUCCUGAGGGCGUGCCAAUUCCACAACACUACGCGGAACGCACGGCUCAUGAGGAAAUGAUAUUAGAAUCGAUGCUCCAAAACCUGCAGCAGCUGCGGGAUGCGUCAGUGCGAUUUGCUGCUCAUUGGCUAACCGAUGACGAAAAAAUAGCCAUGGGGACAAACCCUGUUUAUUUGCAAGCGGAAGCUAUCGGUGAGGGUACUCCGCGAUCGUACAACCAACAAAUGAAGUCCCCUCGGAGCCUCUUAGAGAAACCGGGAGCAAGAAGGCCGUCACAUAGAGUUAGUCUACCAGCGAACGCCAGUUCUUGUGGGAAAAGUACCGCUAUAGAUGAAGGUUUGACGAUGGGCGACCCAAAACUGAUGUCAUUGUUGCAGCAGUAUGCAGAGCGGUUGGCAGAAAUAAGUGAAAGGGGUGACAAGGUAUCAUCACAUAAUCGGGAUAAGCACAAGCAUUAGUCGUAUUUCUUAGCACGUUGACCAUCAGCACCAAGGCCUACCGGCUUGCUCAUCGAAAGGUGAAUGGGAGCUUCCAUAGGAGCGCUGCAUUACCUGAUAUUGUUACUUGAGCACUAUUUUCUGUACUAAUAUGCUUAUUCAUUUUUUGCGCUAAUUUUUAGUGUAUUACGUUUCUUUGCUUUAA